AUGCCUUCGUACAGGUCCGACAAAGUGGAGCGAAUGAAGAGAGAUCCCAAGCACGGGCUUGAUUCGCGUUGGAGCUGGAUCGUGAUCGCAUUAUUAUCGUGGGUGAUGCUGGCAUCGUCGUUGAGUGUCCGUGUCAUGGGCGUUUUAUACGUCGGAAUUGUGGACUUCUUCGGUGUGACUCGCGAAGAGGCGUCGUGGCCGCUCAGCCUACAAAUAUCAGCCAUCACGAUGGGAGGCGGAGCCGUGGCCGGGAUAUUUGUUGCCGUCAAUGUGGUGUCUUGCCAGUAUUUCGACAAGUGGCAAACCACGGCAUGCGGCAUAUCCUGGGCUUCGCAAUGCCUCAACGUGUUCUUCAUGCCACAAGUCGCCAACUACUUCCUGCUGGAGUACGGCAUGCCAGGAAUGUUUCUUCUCCUGGGAGCCCUGACCUUAAACGGAUUCCCUCCCACAAUCUUGUUGCACAGCCCCCCAUGGCUGAAGGUGCACCGCGCUCAGGGCGAAGCGCGUCCAUCCAAAGUGCUGCUGGCGAUGAACGAGACGGGGCCGAAUUUGGCGGACAACUCGGCCGAUCAUUUGGACAUUGAGACCAGCCAGAGUGAAGGCGAAGCGUUUGUCAACGGUAUUCGUAAGGAUGCGUCCAAACAAACUGAGCAGGACCCGAGCAAAGUCCUCAGUGUGAAACCGACCUCCGACCUCAAGCAAACGUUGAAGGCCUUUCUUACCCCGACAUUUCUCAUUGACACGCUGUCUUUCGCGGUUCAGAUUUAUUCAAUGACGACUUUUUAUUUAGUGCACAUUGACCUCGCGUUGGACUAUGGCAUUGAAAGUGACCAUUCGAUUUACUUCAUGCAUAUUUACUCCGUCGGAGACUACCUCAUGAGGGUGCUGAGUGGCGUAAUUGUAGACAGAGGCUGCAUGUCACUGACCACAGUCAUGGUGCUUGGUUUUAUAGGUAAUGCAGCCGGAUUUGAAGCUUUGGCGUUGUCGCGUUCGUUCAUCCCUUUCGUUUUCGUAACGUUAUUUCUGGGUGUGAGUGGCGGUAUAAUGGCGGCCUUGCCAGCGCCUGUGCUCAUCAGCGACUUCCGGGGGCGCUCUCUCUCGAUCCUUCUCGGCGGCAUGUUGUUCUUGGAAGGACUGGUGAUAAUGACGAGACCUUCACUAAUCGGUAAGUGGCGUUCUGAAUUGAACUAA